AUGAAAUCGUCACUCUUCCUCCGGAGGAGUUUGAUCUCCGCAUUUUCACGUCCAUCCCGCCAUCGCAACUCCGAUGGCCUUUCGAAUGCUUGUUCACGGUGCUGGAGACAGCAGCGGCAGCAAGCCCGGCUUGCACAUACUCCAGCAGAUGAUCCCAAUUGGAUCUCGGUUGCCGACAACCCAUCGAAACCUGUGCGGACCGGCCAGAAACAUGGCCCGGGCCUGAUCAUACUAGCUCUGAUUCCCAUCACUGCCUUUGCCCUUGGAACCUGGCAGGUGCAACGACUUGAUUGGAAAACUAAGUUAAUAACCACUUUUGAGGAUCGCCUUCUUAAACCCCCGCUUCCUCUCCCACCAGCCGUCGAUCCUGAAGCGAUUUCCGAGUUCGAUUAUCGUCGCGUGUAUGCCAAGGGCCAUUUCAGGCAUGACCAAGAAAUGUUAAUCGGCCCGCGGAUGUACGAGGGUAAAGACGGGUACCUUGUUAUCACCCCGCUGGAAAGAGGAGAUGGGGAGAGCACAAUUCUCAUCAACCGUGGUUGGAUCCCAAAAUCGUUAGAGAAUCAGAGGCAAAGACCGCAAGGCUUACCGCAGGGAGAAGUCGUUGUGGAAGGACUGCUUCGAUCGCCGUGGAAGAAGAAUAUGUUCACCCCUGAAAAUAAGCCAGAAGAGGGAAAGUUCUACUUUCCAGAUGUAAAACAAAUGGCUGAAUUGACAGGAAGCCAGCCUAUAUGGAUCGAAGAAACUAUGGUACCGGAGCUGUUGGAACAGUAUCGAAGGGAAGCGAACGGAAUACCUAUUGGUCGUGCUCCCGAGGUCAACCUCAGAAACAACCAUACCCAGUAUAUUUUUACAUGGUAA